GUAUUCCAUUCUAUUCAGAGCGCCGAAACUCUCGCGCGUGGUCCAGAGAGGAUCGCGAGGGUAUUCGCGGUCGGCGCGGAGGAUGUCGAGUAUUGAUUAAGGGGGUUUGCCGGGAGGAAUCUCUCUCUCUUUCCUCACGGGUAGAUCGUCUGGCGUCGUUCCUCGCCGUAAAUGCACGGGGAUGAAUGGGGCACGGUGGGGAACGCACGCACCGGGGUGCGUCUGCGCUCUGUGCGUCACACGCAGUGCUCCGAUGCGCUUCACCUGAAUCAGGUAUCCCACGGUCCGCGUUCGCCGUGUCGGUGGCGUGCACGUGGUCGUCUGUCGGCGAGAUCAGACGGGAGGGAAGCGAGAUCGAGAGGACGAGGGAGACUCGAUAGCCCCGAAGGAAUCGCGAUGACGAUUGACACGCUCGACGCGUCGUUAUCCACAGGCCACGAGUGUUGAGAGAAAUCCGCUGUAGCGCGGUACUUGAUCGCGAGGCUUACGUCUCUACACGACAUCGUUCUUGAAUAGCCUGGGAGCUGUCGAAGAAAGUGAAGUGGGUCCUGGAAGAGGACCCAAGGAGAGCGAGGAGAGAAGCGUCGAGACAGGAUCCGGCGUGUGGGAAGGUCGGCAGGAGCUGCCUCAAAAUGUCGUACGCCAACCGAUUCCCAUCCUCCCAGCACACCCGUUAUCGCAGUAGCUGGGGACCGUCCUCGGUUUCUGUCUUCAAUCGCGCCGACGUGCCACGACCUUCGCCAGAGGAGGAAGAGUUCGAGUUUUAUCACGAGCGGCUGCACUCGGCGCAGAGUCGACAGCUGAUACCACUUCAGGAGGACUUGGCCGAUUGGAUCAACAAGACGAUAAAUGUGGAUCAUAUAACGGGUGACAAUUUCUUUGACGUGCUUGAUAACGGAGUAAUUGUGUGUCGACUGGCAAGAGUUAUCCAGGAAAAGGCGAGAUCUGCGGUUGAGGCUGGACGGGCGAAGGGACCGGCACCAGUGAUACGUGGUCGCUGCUGGGAGAAUGCAGCCCGUCGCAGCUUCUUUUCUCGCGACAACAUGGAGAACUUCAUACAAUUUUGUCGGCGGCUGGGCGUCCACGAGAAUCUUCUCUUCGAAAGCGACGAUCUCGUUUUGCAUGGCCAACCACGGAAUGUUGUGCUGUGUCUGCUGGAAGUCGCGAGACUGGCAGCUAGAUAUUCUCUGGAACCGCCUGGACUUGUACAACUCGAGAGGGAAAUCGCAGCCGAACAAGAAAGGGAUCUUCACUGUUUGUCCGACAGCGGUAUAUCACACAGCAGCCUCGUCUCUUGGCAGUUCCAGUCACCAUCGCCGACCGCAACACCCAGGACACCGCCAGAGAAGAUCAAACAUAGCAGCUCGGCGUCUGAAGUCACAGCGGGUACACGAUGGUUGGACCCGGUAACCGGUGCUGCGCAUGAAUCUGAAAUGCGAAGGUCCGUUAGCGACAACGGGCCGACCGGAAGUGAUGGGGUGCCCAGCGACACUACCGAAGAUGACUGGUCGCGUGGUAGCGUCGAAGACCCUGACGAGGUGCCGUCACCGUCGAGCUCGCCAUCACCGUCGUCGGCCGAACCACCGGAACACACUGGGCCGAUAACAGAACUCGAUCGCAAGGUGCGAAGAGCCACCGAGGCCGUCCAGAGACUCUGCCAGUGCCCGUCGAAUAAGUGCUCCAAGCUGAAGGUGCGCAAAGUCGGCGAAGGCCGCUAUCAUAUCGCGGGACGUAACGUUUUUAUCAGACUUCUCAAGGGGAGACACAUGAUGGUGAGAGUGGGCGGCGGAUGGGACACUCUGGAGCAUUUUCUGGCGAGGCACGAUCCCUGUCAGGUGAGGGUCCUCAACCGCGAGGGCACGCCGCCACCCGCUCGUGGCACCAAGCACGACAGCUUCUUGCACAUUCGCGCCAAGUAUCGCAGCCCGCCGUCGGAGGCGAGCCUCUCACGUCGGUCGCUAGCCUGAGAAGCACGUAGUGCCUAAUCAUGCGCCCACGAUCACGCGGCGUGGGCCCCUCGGGCCCCACGUGGCAUAAAGCUGCACGCACGCUUGGCGCACGUGCGAAUUGAUAUAUCCCGGUACACAAGCGGUACCGCUAUCACAUCCCGCCGGGCACGUCGAUAGGACGUCCCAUCGGCCUGUUACGCAUCAAGCGACACGGUGAAACGACGCGUGGCGGUUCAGGUUGCCGUAAGAACGGCAAUACGCAUCCAUCGCAUGAUUUUUCACGCACGAUACAUUCCUUCUUUUCCAACUACGUUCGAUGAGUUGGCGAUUUUGAGGGAAGAGAGAGAGAGAGGCACCGCAAGAGUCGCCUUUAAGCGCCUUGCGAUCAUUUAUGCACAUUCCCGAUAUUCAUACGCUAUUUACGAGUUCUCUCUACGGCGAGAAAUCAUCGGUACACGCACCGCCUAUACGCCGGUUCGCAAAGAGAUACCUCUCACCACUCUCGUACCUAAUCUCGUACAUCCCGAAUUGCGCGUACAAUUUCUUAUGUGUAACCAUGUAAUAUGUUGAUCACGGUAUAGAGAAGCACAGGGAUCGCUAUUUUUACUAAGUCCGUAUGUCAGGUGGUUGAAGAGCAUGCAAGUGUCAAAGAGCAUCCUCGCAGACGCACCACACGUCGCGAUUUUUAAGACUAUAAUCUACAGUGUGCUCUUUGCUUCCUGUUUCUUGUUUUUUCUUUUACCACUUUUUACCUUUUAUCCUGUUUCUUUCUUUUCUGUCGCUCGAGACAAAAGUUGACAAACUUCGGAAGAGGUAAGAAACACGUGACAAGAAACACGAUUGUCGAUAAAAGUGGCGAAGAAGGAAGAAGGCAAGAAGUAAAAACAAGAAACAGGAAGUAAAUAGCACAUCGUAGAUUAGCGUUUAAGGAGAACGAAUAGUCAGAGUUCUGUAUCUAAAGCCGUAAUCACACUAUGGUCUGUUGCGAUUCUUGAUUGAUGGUUCUAUUUUAGCCAAUCACGAUGCAGCUAGUCCGUACACACUAAAAUAGAACUGUUAAACCAUACGGCAACCAUAACUGAUAAUCUGUAGUGCGAUUACGGCUUAAGAAUCGGCAUCUGCGAUUCAGAAGACUUUGACUAUUUGAAUUUUUAUGCAUUAUCGCAUCAGGAAUCAAUCAACUAUGUGCUUUCAUCUCGAAUUUUCAAGGCACUAAUUUUUGCAGCGUCUAUCUGGAAGUUCUUCGACCAGCAAGUGCGCUGCACUCGGUAAUGGUAGCAUUAAGACCGCAAUGACCAAACUUUAUUUUCGAAAUCGUGUAAUCACGAUAAUAAUUAUACUAAUAAUGCAAAUAAUAAUAAGAACUUUUUUGAAUAAACUUAAGCUCAAGUGUACUGCGCUUCAUGAGCUUCUACGUGCAAUAAAAAGAAUAAAAGUGCAAUUAAAAUCUCAGGUAGAGAAUCGUCCGUGUCAUGCCUUAGAAAAGAUCAAUUAAUCUUUUUUUUUCUUUUAAGGAAGUUUCUUUUGCAAUGCUAAUAUAUACCGUUUUCUUUUGACGUAACAAUCACAGCGGCUUUAACAAAAAUUUCAUAGUCGAACUAGAUAAUACCAUUACAUUUUAUUAUUGAUGUUGUAAUGUAGUUUUUAAUAUUCAACUCUAUUUCACUCUCAACUGCGUUUUGGUCAUUGCUAUAUAUCCUAUAAACUAAUAUAUUCUUACAGUGCACUGCCAUUUUACGGCGAGCACGCGAUCAGGCACUUAUAUAUUAUAAUAAUCAACAGGGUCGGCUUAAUUUUCUGUGUAUAAUUUUCUCACACAUCUGAAUUGCAGGAAUCGCCUAUAACGUAUAAUUUGCCGAGCAGGCUCGAUAAUUGAAUUUUUCUUUGCGUAUAAACUGUAUUACUAAUAUUUACGUAAUGAUAUAUCAUUGAAGAUUGAUAUAUUUAUAUUUAACAAGAGUGCUUCUUAAAGUAUACGUUAGCAAUUUUUCGUAAUUUUAUUUCAGUUGUGAUGUCUUGUGAUUUUUUCAUUUCCGACCCUUAAAUUCAGAUACACAUUAGCAUUCGAUUAAUAUCUAAUACAACUUGUAUCGCCUAAUAUGUAAAAUGCUUCAUGAUAAUUGCCACGAUGUACACAUCUACACACAUAUGUUUUGUACUUUUAUAUGAAUAUCUACGGUAAGUUAAGGGAAAUAAUAUGGUCGGCAUAUUACCGAGAUAAUUAAACCAUACAAUUAUUCCGCUUACAGAAGUGCAAGAGCACAGUGUGCAAAGGAAUACCAAAGCAAAGAAACACGCGACGAGUAAUGUCGGCUCGUUGAAGCUAAUUAAA